AUGGCAGAGCCUCGGGUUUCCGAGCUUGCCUCGCAGCUCUACGAUGCUUGCUCCAAUCUUUACGAUACUGAUUAUAUGAUCAGCCAAAAAGACCUCCAAGCUCUCGGCAUCAUCCCCACUAAUGAUCUCGACCUGCUUCUCCAGUGCACCCAGCAUCUGGUCAACCAAAAAUUAUUCCGGCUUCUCGAAGGCCAAGGCAAGACCGUAUCAUGGGGACUGGUUUCGCGUGGUGACGCUGAAAAACUCAAAGAUCUCAAUAAGGAAGAGGCUAUGGUUUACGGCGUCAUCCAUUCUACCGCCCGCCAAGGUAUCUGGGUGCGCGCGAUCCAAACUCGUAGCGGUCUACACAAAUCCAUCCUCGACCGAUGCCUGAAAUUGCUCGAAAGCAGAAACUACAUCAAAACCGUUCACAAUGUCAAAUUCCCCAACCGAAAGAUUUACAUGAUUGCCGGUCUCGCCCCGAGUGAGGAGAUCACCGGAGGAGCCUGGUUUACAGACGGAGUCUUGGAUGCUAGCUUCAUCAAUGGCCUUGCGAGCUUCAUCGAGUACACUGUGAGCAAACACAGCUGGUACCUAGUACCCACCGAAAAUCGAGGCCGCACCAAGCGUAUGAAGAUGGAUUCCGGUGUGGGCCAGGAUACUGGUGAAAAGAAGAAAACAUACCUGCCAUACCCUGCCGAUUACAAAGGUUACCCCACCGUUGACCUGAUCACAACCGCCAUUAACGCGAGCGGCGUCACUCCAGUUCGACUGGAGCAAGGAAAAGUUACACAGUUACUGCGUAUGCUUUGCUAUGACAAGAAGGUUGUUGCACUUCCGAAUGGAUUCACCUACAAGUCGCUCAAGGACCCUGGGUUCAUUCAGGCUCAACAGGCCAAGAAGCCGGCCGAGGGCGAACCACCUGUCACAAACAGCAGAAGCCUGGGUAUCAACGGUAUGAUUGAAUCGCCCUGUGGAAAUUGCCCUAGCUUCAGUCUCUGCAAACCUGGUACCGCCGUCAGCCCGGAGACCUGUGAGUAUUACGACCCAUGGAUUGAAAAAGUCCUUGGGUUCUGA